UCGUAUCUUGUUCUCAACGCAGGGAGAAGCAUGGCGGAGCAUGAAGAGAAGUCGGAGAAGAAGGUUCAUCGUGAUACCGACGACUCUAAUUCAUCUUCUGAGGAUUCCGAUGCGUUCGAAGCCGCUGAUCAUCGCUCCUCUAAAACCAGUGGUCGUAGACUCUUCGGUCGCGAGAGGCCUCUCUGCAUGGUCUUGGGCGGAGGAAAAGCCGCUGAAGUUGUGCUGUGGAGGAAAAAAGAUGUGUCAAGAAGGGUGUUGGCUGCAGCUACUGCGCUAUGGUUUUUUUUUGAAGUACUGGGAUACCAUUUCAUCUCUCUGGCUUGCCAUGCAUUGAUUCUCGUAAUAAUUCUCUUUUUCUUGUGGACCAAGGCAUCCAUGUAUAUCCACAAGUCUGCACCUCACAUCCCAGAAGUUACAAUUCCAAGAGACUGCGUUCUUGAGGUUGUUUCUACUGUUAGAAACGAAAUCAAUGGAUUCUUGGAGGCUUUCCGUAAUCUUUUGAGAGAUAUUACAGCUGGGAAAGAUUUGAAGAAGUUUGUUAUCGUUAUUGUUGCAUUAUGGUUUCUCUCGGUUAUUGGGAGCUCGUUCAGUUUCCUUACCUUGUUUUAUCUUUGCACAGUGUUCAUGUUCACGGUGCCAAUGCUGUAUGAAAAAAAUGAAGAGCUGGUUGAUCUGUAUGGCGAGAUUGUGAUAGCUGAGAUGAAGAAGCAAUAUGCAGUUUUUGAUAAGAAGGUUUUGAGCCAGAUACCCAUUCUUGCAGGACCAUCGAAGAAGGAUUAAGAGGCGGAUACUCUAUUUUUUUGGUAUCUUAUUGGGUUAUUGCUAAUUAAAGUGGGUCAAUUCCUUUUGUUUGUUUUUUUAAUUAAUUAGAUAAGAUAUUCUAGGUCUUGUCCCUCAUGGAAAUUUCAUCCGAUUUUGUUUCUUAUCUUCCCAGUUGACAGAGUCUGAAGAAAUUCGAAU